UCAAAAUGCUUUAAGCUUUCCCACUAUAAACAAAUAUUACCUGAAGUACUUUGUUUCGACCAAUCUCGAACUGCAAGCUUAAGCUGCGUUAGCAGUGCUGUAACCACAUCCGCGGGUUUAGCAACUCAGAAGACAAACGAAAAGUAUGAAAGUGUCGAAUAAAGCAAACAUCCUGCGCGAACAUUGUCAAGGUUGGCGAACGUCGCGUUCACAUGCUCCCUUCACUUCGGCUCGACCACGCAAAGCAGCAGCGCUGCGUGUCAUGGCGGCCUACCCCGCGGUGACCCAGUGGGUCGGUGCGCACCUGCCGGGGGGGCCGGUGGUGCGGGAGUGCUCCCUGGGGGGCAGCGGCUGGAGCAGCGCGUUCGUGGUGGAGACGCAGGGCGGCCAGCGCUACUUCGUGAAGACCUCCCAGGGCCGAGAUGAUGGCGGCUCCAUGUUCAGAGGGGAGGCGCUGGGGCUGCAGGCGCUGUACGGUGAGGAGAGAGGGCUGGACACCCACACGCUGAGAGUGCCCAAGGUCUUCCAUGUCGGCUCCCUGUCUGAAGACGGCAGCAGUACAGCUGAGGACAGCAGCAGCAGAGGCAGCAGCAGCAGCAGCAACAGCAGUGGUAGCAAGGGCAGAGGCGGUGCAGGCGGCUCCUUCAUUGUGAUGGAGUACCUGGACCUGAGAGGCGGCGGCGGCGGGGUGGAUAUGGCGGCACUGGGGCGGGGGCUGGCCCAGAUGCACCUGGCAACACCCACUGUGAGGGAGGGAGUGCGGGGGUACCUCGGCUUCAGGGAGCGAGGGUUUAUUUACCUGGACUUCAGGACCUCAGAUGACCCGGUUGCCGCAGCGGGUCAGUUCGGCUUCCCGACAGACAACACGCUGGGCGGCAGUCCGCAGCUGAACGGCUGGAGCGACGACUGGGUGGCGUUCUGGCGGGAGCGAAGGUUGCAGCCGCAGCUGAGGAUGACGGGCGACACCAAGCUGAUGCGGCUGGGUGAGCGGCUGUGCGACAACCUGCACUGCUUCUUCGAGGGAAUCGACGUGCGCCCCAGUGUGCUGCAUGGGGACCUGUGGAGCGGCAACAUCGGCUGCGUGGGCGGCCAGCCAGCCAUCUUCGACCCCGCCACCUACUUCGGGCACCAUGAGGCGGAGUUUGGCAUGAGCUGGUGUGCAGGUUUCACGCAGGAGUUCUACAUCGCCUACCACGAACUCAUCCCUCGAGCUCCCGGCUUCGAGCGACGCGCCGAGCUGUAUCGGCUGUACCACUACCUGAACCACCUGAACCUGUUCGGGGAGGGCUACUACUCGCAGUGUGCGUCUAUCCUGCAGCGACUCACGUCGUGAGGAGAUGUUGUUGAUGUUAAUGAUGCCGUCUUGAGGAGGGUUGCGGGAAUGGAGUGCUGGUUGCAGCUGGUAGGCUUCUUACUUAGGUGAGGCCUAGAGGUGAGGCCUAGAGAGAGCGUUGUGGUUGAAACAAGAUGAAAGUUCUUGGUAAAUCUUAAUCGGGUGUCGUGUGCAAGGUAGAGGGGACAGUGAGAAAAUGGAGAAAUUGGCAGUAUGUAGCUGGAGGAGAAGUAUCGGAUCCUUGUCCAAACAGCUGUGAAGGACGGUACACGUAGCGGUUGGUAUUUCUUCAAGGAUAUAAGGCGCCUUCAUCAUUGGUUACACUGGGUAGGAAGUGGCAAAACUUGCUCCGAAAUCCAACCGUUGUAACAUACGUACCCUCGA